AUUUGCGCUUCACUAGAGGGCGGGAGACUCCGCAGAAAAUCCUGAUUUCAUGGUGCGUUCAUGUGCAGUUGCAGUUACAUUUGAAGUCCUGCUUGAGCAGAGAAAAAAACUUUUCAAAAGAACGUGAGGAAAAGUCCAAAUUAUAUGCCAUUUUGGUUGUGUUAAAGGAUUUUUGUGUUACAGACCAAAAGUGAGGAUCCGCAAAAGCACCACAAGUUGACGAGCAUCUUUUCAGCGAACAUCUGCCUGCUCAGGAGGGAGGCGACGGCCGACAGAGGAACAAUUAGUUUUACAGCCUUGAUUUGCGCCCUCCUUUUCGCCUUCACGUUAACAGUACAAUGUGGGCGUGUUCUCGCCCCCUUUUUUAACUUUGCACCGCCCGUCGUCCUCCGGAGCUGUGCGCACUUUGCGGAGCGGACACUUGCUGCAGAGUGUGGAUGCAGAGUUCAGCUCCGGCUUUGCCCGUGGUCCCCUCCCCGCCCCCUGGCCGGCCACAGCUCAGGCUGCGGGUCUGAUAACAGGACGAGACCAGAGGAUGGAUUUCUAUCACUUCACUUGUCUCUGCGGGGCUCUUGUGUUUGUCUGGCAAAUCCCCUGUUUUCACACUCUUGCUAUUUCCCCUCCAGCUGCACCGAAGAGCAGCAAGGUGGCGAAGAUCUUUGAUGGGCAAGAAGCUUCGAAAUAUUUCAAGGAGUUUUACGCGCCGACAUCCAAAGACAGAAACAGCAAAGCGACAUCAAAAGAGCUGAUUGAGCCUCAUGACUACAUGCUGUCUAUUUACAAGACCUUCUCCACGGCGGAGAGACUGGGACUCAACGCAAGCUUUUUUCGGUCUUCAAAAGCUGCAAACACAAUUGCAAGUUUUGUGGACAGUGGACAAGAUGACCUCCCACUCUCCCCUCUGAGGAGACAGCAGUAUCUGUUCGACGUCUCAACCCUCUCCAAAAAAGCGGAGGUGCUGGGAGCCGAGCUCAGGAUAUACACCAAAGUGUCUGGGAAUUUCAGGAUAUCGGAAACAGAGCCCGUCGACAUCCAGCUCCUCUCCUGUCAUGACCGGCAGCUGCUUGACUCCAAAACACUGGACUUGCAGGAUUCUCAAAGGCCAAAGUGGGAGGUGCUGGACGUGUGGGAAAUAUUCAAAGAGCAGCAGCACCUGAGCCACGGGAAGAACUUCUGCCUGGAGCUCAGGGCCGUGCUGGACAACCCAGAGAGGGAGCUGGACCUGCACCUCCUGGGCCUGCACCGACACGGCAGGCCUCAACAGAAGAAAGCCAUCUUAGUCGUCUUCACCAGGUCUAAGAAGAGGCAGACCCUCUUCAGUGAGAGGAGAGAGGGCAGGGCGUUGCUGGGUCUAGAGAGGAAGGCCAAAGAAAGGGGCCCUGGCAUCAAAGCCAGCAGGAGAAGGAGGACGGCUGCGUCCAAGACCCGCCAUGGGAAGAGACAUGGCAAGAGGUCCAAAUCCAGGUGCAGCAAGAAGCCGCUGCACGUCAACUUCAGAGAUCUGGGCUGGGACGACUGGAUCAUCGCCCCGCUGGAUUACGAAGCGUACCACUGCGAGGGGGUGUGCGACUUCCCCCUGCGCUCCCACCUGGAGCCUACCAACCACGCCAUCAUCCAGACUCUGAUGAAUUCAAUGAACCCCAGCAACAUGCCACCGAGCUGCUGCGCCCCGUCCAAACUCAGCCCCAUCAGCAUCCUCUACAUCGACUCAGGAAACAAUGUGGUCUACAAACAGUACGAGGACAUGGUGGUUGAGUCUUGUGGCUGCAGGUAGUACAUCUGGCAGGUGUAGCUCUUCAUGCUGACCUCCUCGUCGUUCCUCAGGCUUUCUGGUCAGUGGGACUCGAACAGCAUUACAGUCUGCCUGGCGGCAAAACUGCACGCAAAUAUAAAUAAAACUUGCCUGAUUUGUUUGGCAAGAAGAAGACUGGAAAAAAAACUUAUUGAUGCAUCUUGUAACCAUACAUCCAACAAGGUCAUGUUUAAUACCUCAAGCAUUUGUUUUCUCAUAUUUAACGUAUGUUCUUGGACAUUUCAGCACAAUGACUGCAAAUUCAUGGAUAA